AAGAAGCCGUGAACGGGUCGGUCGCUCAACAUGGCGGGAGCGGACGGAGACGAUUCUCUGUACCCCAUCGCCGUGCUCAUAGACGAGCUGCGUAAUGAAGACGUGCAGUUGCGUCUGAACAGCAUCAAGAAGCUCUCCACUAUUGCCUUGGCCCUGGGGGUCGAGAGGACUCGCACUGAACUCCUUCCCUUCCUCACCGACACCAUCUACGAUGAGGAUGAGGUUCUUCUGGCCCUUGCAGAGCAGCUGGGUAACUUCACCGUGCUGGUUGGUGGACCUGAACAUGUCCACUGCCUCCUGCCUCCCCUGGAGAGCCUGGCCACUGUGGAGGAAACAGUGGUGCGUGACAAGGCAGUGGAGUCACUGCGGCGCAUCUCCCAGGAGCACUCCUCGGCCGAUCUGGAACUACACUUCCAUCCCCUUGUGAAACGUUUGGCCAGCGGGGACUGGUUCACGUCUCGCACCUCUGCCUGUGGGCUCUUCAGUGUCUGCUACCCCCGUGUAUCCAGCGCCACCAAGGCAGAGAUUCGCCAGCUGUUCCGCACACUCUGCUCCGAUGACACCCCCAUGGUGCGGCGUGCAGCUGCAGCCAAGCUGGGAGAGUUUGCCAAGGUCCUGGAGCUGGAACAUGUCAAGGGUGACAUCAUCCCCCUCUUUACUGCAUUGGCUUCUGAUGAACAGGACUCGGUGCGUCUGCUGGCUGUGGAGGCAUGCGUCAGCAUCGCCACCCUUCUGCCCCAACCAGAUGUUGAGGCCUUGGUGAUGCCCACCCUACGUCAAGCUACAGAGGACAAGUCCUGGAGGGUGCGCUACAUGGUGGCCGAUAAGUUUUCUGAGCUCCAGAAAGCAGUGGGCCCAGAGAUUACUAAAGCAGAUCUCGUACCAGCCUUCCAGAACCUUCUGAAGGAUUGUGAGGCUGAGGUGCGGGCUGCUGCAGCCAACAAGGUCAAAGAGUUCUGUGAGAAUUUGCCAGAAGACAGCAGGGAGAACAUCAUCAUGAGCCAUAUUCUGUCCUGUGUGAAGGAGCUGGUGACUGAUACCAACCAGCAUGUGAAGUCAGCAUUGGCAUCAGUCAUUAUGGGCCUGUCCACAAUCCUGGGCAAAGACAACACCAUUGAGCACUUGCUGCCACUGUUUCUGGCCCAACUGAAGGACGAGUGUCCAGAGGUACGGCUCAACAUCAUCUCCAACCUGGACUGCGUAAAUGAGGUCAUCGGCAUCAGGCAGCUGUCCCAGUCGCUGCUCCCUGCCAUCGUGGAGCUGGCUGAGGAUGCCAAGUGGAGGGUUCGCCUGGCCAUCAUCGAGUACAUGCCCCUUCUGGCGGGACAGCUGGGUGUGGAGUUCUUCGACGAGAAACUGAACUCCCUGUGCAUGGCCUGGCUCGUGGACCACGUGUAUGCCAUCCGUGAAGCCGCCACCAAUAACCUCAUGAAGCUGGUAGAGAAAUUUGGUGCAGAUUGGGCUCAGACAACCAUUGUGCCCAAGGUGCUGGCCAUGUCCAAUGAUCCUAACUACCUGCAUAGGAUGACUACCCUCUUCUGCAUCAGUGCUCUGUCAGAGCCCUGUGGACAGGAGAUCACGUGUAAGCACAUGCUGCCUGUGGUCCUCACAAUGUCCAAUGACCAGGUGGCCAAUGUGCGCUUCAACGUGGCCAAGACCUUGCAGAAAGUUGGCCCAGUCCUAGACAACAAUACUCUACAGACUGAGGUGAAACCAGUCCUGGAGAAACUGGUUGCUGAUCAAGACAUAGAUGUCAGAUAUUUUGCCCAGGAAGCCAUGAAUGUUCUUGCUUUAUCCUAACAGACCCAUGUUCAGCCAUUGCGGAAUGACUGCCCUACAAGGCUUGGAAAUCUAUUUAUUGAUACCCAGGAACUGCUGACAACAUCCAGAGAGAGACUCAAAUAGUUAAAAUGGUCUUCCCUCCAUUUGAAAGGAAGUGCAGGUCCUUAAUAGCCACACUUGUUACGCCCCUGUAUUUAGUGCACGGUGUGCCUGGUGUACUGACUCAAACUGUCCCCCUGCCAACUUUCCACAUACCAACAAUUCACUCGGCCUCCAGGGACCCUUUCCAUCAGUGUACAGUGAAGCAUCACAUACCCCUUCAUCAGUCAGAGGUUCUUUUCUGCACACACCCAGGACACACCACUCUAAGCACAUUUCUGAGACCUCUGUCAGGGUGUUCCUGUUCUCUGCUCUCUGCAGUUGCUCUGAGGAGGAAACUGUUGAUCACACUGUGCCUUUUGCACACCAUAGUUUCUAUAUUUAUAACACUAAAGUCGUUCUCAUUCAUCUGCUCCUGAGGACUCUGCACAAGUCCGUGAGUGUGGAGACAAUGGUCAGGUUGGGGCCUUUGAACUAGAGACCUUCAGACUAGGAGAUUGGUUAAAUCCGUCCAACAGACGAAUCAAUUGUAUCAAUUUUUUUUUUUUUUAGCAUGCCUUGGCCCUGUGCAACAGCAUCUCGGUAGAGAGGUUCAUUGUGUAAGAAUCUAAGAGUAGGAAGCCAGGCAUUUGGGGUGUCUUUCCGCUGCUGCAGAGAGCCGAGCCUGCAUAUAACGUAGAAUGUAAGCUAACAUACGACUCGGUUUACAGCUGUUCACCCCUUCUGUCUAGUUCUAGACUUGGGCCACUCUUUGUGUCUUUGUUUUUUGCUCUGUGCUCUGAUUUUGUGUCAUUCAGUUCUCCUAUGCUUCCCUACAGAAAGGGAGGAAGGCACUUCGCUAUAGCUUCCCACACAAACUUAAUAAAAUGGUGUAAAAA